GAGCCAUCAGCCUGCAGGGAGAACUGCAGCUGCGUCCAUGCACGACAUUGUGUGCUUUGUGCUUGCGUACUCUUGUAUGACAAUGUCUAACCUAGCUAAUGCUGCAAACAAACUGAAGUCGGUAGAUUAUGAAGUUUUUGGCCGUGUACAGGGAGUUUGCUUCAGAAUGUAUACUGAAGAUGAGGCUAGAAAACUCGGAGUGGUUGGAUGGGUGAAAAACACAAGACAGGGGACAGUCCAAGGCCAGGUUCAGGGCCCUGAAGAGAAAGUGAAUACCAUGAAAUCUUGGCUGAGUAAAGUGGGUAGCCCCAGCUCACGGAUAGAUCGAACAAAUUUUUCCAAUGAAAAGGAGAUCACAAAACUCCAAUAUAAUGGAUUUAGCACCAAAUACUAAAAUGCAGAGUGUAUCUGCUUCCUAAUAUCAGUAUGUAAAUUAGACAGUAAAACACAAACAGCGUGAUUUCAAUUUAGAAUCUAUACGGAGUAAGAAUUCAUGAGUUUGUAGUGAUUAAACUAAUGCUGGUUUUAGCUGCUCAAAACAACAAUGAUAUUUGUAUCACAAUAUCUUCAAAACCCAAUCCCAUUUUGUCUCUGAAUCCUGAUAUGUUAUUUAGCUUUUCCCAUGUGCCUUUGAGCACCUUUUAUUCUGCUUCUAGCCCCUACUUAGCAAUUUAGCCAUUUCUUUACUCCACCACAGAACUAUCGUGCCCCAGAUUUCCCUAAUACCACCUCCAGACUCUACCCAGCCUUUUCUGACCACCCCAUAUUCCUAUAGUCAUAUGCAUACACAUAUAUCAUUUUCCCACUCCUUCAUAUCAUCACCCAGCUAUAAUCUGCCUAUAGACAUUUUUAGCCCCUCUAUUAGCCCUGAAGAAUUUGAGGUGCAGAGUUAUGUCUGGGUUAGACAGUAAAGUAAGAUUUCAAGGUUAAUUCAAAGUUAAUUUCAAACAUAAGGCCAAAAUAGCCAACUUGGAAAAGUUAGCUGUGGUCCAGUUCAGCUACUUCGACCUAUAACUUGAAAUUCACUUUUAGUUAAUUCUGAAUUCUCAAUUUAGUAAAUAACGAAGUGUGUAUUUUAAGGCCACACAGAGCUUUGUCCCUGCUCUUGUCGUGAAAUCCAUUUGUGUGAGGAGACUAGCGAAGAUAGAUCCCUUCUUCGUUCGUGGGCCACUAGGACCACUAGAUGCUUGACAUGUCCAUCUUAAACAUCCAGAGAGCACACAAACCUGCACCUCAAUAAAUACCAUUAAUGAAGCAGGAGGGGGGUUACAAGCCAUGUGGCUCCCUUCAUACAUCAAUGCCACUCCUCAAACUACCAACUAACUGACUCAUGAUCCAAUGACACUUGAAACAGCCCAAACUGGACAGAUGUAUAAGGACCACCAAUACAGCACACAGCAUCUGAAGUCUCCAAAGCCUAGUCAGUCUCAUUAUAUUUCAAACGUUGUACAUUGUGUUUUCAAUAAAUGUAAUAUAUAGACUUUUGAAAA